AAGAUAGCUCAUUUUUGAUUGACACCGUAUUAUAUCCCCCCCCCCCCUCGCCCCAUCCAGUGAUUUCAUGCUGCACUACGUUCACAGUCGUGCGUGUCUUUGACGUCAGGAGAGCACAAGCGGAGCGGCAGCGCUGCGCACAAGCCCGGCCAGCAGCAUCAGCAUCUCUCCCGGAGGCAAGGAGCGCACAACCCCGGGCACAGAUCGCCAUUUAGCUGUAGUGUGGCGAAUCCCAUCAGUGUGACAGGAUGCCUCUAGGAGAGGACGGCAAUGGGUGGAAGAAGAAGACGUCCGACAUUAAAGAGCAUUAUGACUUCAAAGAAGUGCUGGGGACGGGUGCUUUCUCUGAGGUGCUUCUUGCCGAGGAGAAGAGGACACAAAGGCUGGUGGCUAUCAAGUGCAUCCCCAAGAAAGCGCUGGAAGGCAAAGAGAACAAUAUAGAGAAUGAGAUCGCGGUACUGCACAGAAUCAAGCACCCUAACAUCGUCUCGCUGGAGGAUAUCUUCGAAAGCACGUCUCAUCUGUACCUCGUCAUGCAGCUUGUGUCAGGUGGCGAGUUGUUUGACAGGAUCGUGGAGAAGGGCUUCUACACAGAGAGAGAUGCCAGCCAGCUCAUCCACCAGAUCUUGGAUGCAGUUAAAUAUCUUCAUGAUAUGGGCAUCGUGCACAGAGACUUGAAGCCGGAGAAUUUGUUGUAUUACAGCAUGGACGAAGACUCUAAGAUCAUGAUCAGUGACUUCGGCCUGUCCAAAAUUGAGGGAGCGGGCAGCGUCAUGUCUACAGCCUGCGGGACUCCCGGAUAUGUGGCUCCUGAGGUGCUCGCGCAGAAGCCGUACAGCAAAGCAGUCGAUUGCUGGUCCAUAGGAGUCAUUUCUUAUAUUUUACUUUGCGGUUAUCCUCCAUUUUACGACGAAAACGAUGCCAAGUUGUUUGAACAAAUCCUGAAAGCAGAGUAUGAAUUUGACUCGCCGUACUGGGAUGACAUCUGCGAUUCAGCCAAAGACUUCAUCUGCCACAUGAUGGAGAAAGAUCCUUCUAAAAGAUACACAUGUGAACAGGCCCUCCAGCAUCCAUGGAUCUGUGGAGACACAGCUUUAGAUAAGAACAUCCAUGAAUCCGUCAGUGCUCAAAUCAAGAAGAACUUUGCCAAAAGCAAGUGGAAGCAAGCGUUCAACGCCACGGCAGUGGUGCGUCACAUGCGCAGGUUGCAGCUGGGGACCAGCGUGGAGGGACCGAGUCAGAUCACCCCGACCAGCCCCUGUCACGGACUCCUGCUGCCUGAGGAGGAAGAGGAAGAUGAGUUGGGGAAUGGCGAGAACGAGAGUUUGUCCCAUUACAGCGAUGACCGCCGUGGAAGCGCAGAGGGCAGCACGGACCGAGACAGCCUGAGGAGCUGUACUUACUGCUGCAGGCCGGCCAGUCGCAUCUGAACACAACCUCAAUGUCUUUUGUUUAAUUUAUAUAUUUUUUUCCCCCAAAACGAUUAUAUUUAGACCCUCUGGAGUGCACAGAGAACUGCUGCUCACCCAGUCUGGCCAGGAAUGCAGAGUAGCGAUCGUAAGGUGUCCAGUGUAUGGACCAUUAUCCAGGGACAGUCCCCGAAUGGCAGACAUCGUCAUGCCUGUCCUCCUUACGUUAGUUGUGACAUCUAUCUAGUUUUACCCUUUCAGGGACAGUGGUUACUACAGUGCACAGUUUAUCAUGUUAUCAGGUUACAAGGUGCAUAAAAGGGUUAAUUAAAGGCCAUCUGCUUGUUUUGCCUUCAUUCGUCCCCAUGCCAAAAUCCAUGCAUUCUUUAUGUCUCCACAAGGGGGUGCUAAAGACUGAAUGCAUGCUUGGAGGCCCAUCAGAUGGCCCUGUGCUGCCACAAACUGUAUAUCGCACAUACCAGGAACCCAAAAUCCUGGCAACUGAGCUUAGAUUGUCAGAGUGUGUCAUCAGAAGAUUGCAACAGAGAGACUGGAAGACUCACAGAAAGAUUUAGAAGUGGAGAUCUUGGGAAAUGUAUAGGUCCAUUCAUGGAGCCAUCACCUGUUGUGAAUUUGGGCAUUCCUGAGAGAAUAAGCAAGUGGUGCAGAAAGGACUGAAACAUUGGGCAGUUUUCAAAUUGUUUACCUGUAAAGGGUACAGUGUAUUGUACCUGUAAUUUACUUCUGAGUGUGAAGUCUGGCCAUGUUCAGUUGAACGCAAAGCUGAUAGACUCGCAGGAAAACUCAUGUGGUUACACAGAUUAACUGUACAUUCUGCCAUCGAGUGGAAGAGUAUGUAAUGGUUUUGUUAGUCUCUAAGUGGAAUUGCAAUGAUUGAUGAACAAAGGUAAAUAUUUGUAAUAGGGCCCGACCGAUUAAUCGGUUACAAGCAAUGCUUCGGUGAGCAAUGCAAGUUGUGCAAGUAAUUUGUAGUAAAUAAAUAAUACUUUUCAGACUAAUUGAGUAAAACUGAAUAAUUUCUUGAAGCACACUAGAUGAGCUUUCAGGAUAUACUAAAUAGAAAUAUUUAGGAGUCACUGGUCAAAGUGGUGCGUUUAAACGAUUGUGAAGAACUCUUUUUGUUCUGGCUCAGACUGGGUUGGUGACAAGCGGUUCUGACCUGAAAGUGUAUGCAUGUCCGGAGGGUCGGGGGUUGCGGGAGGGAGGGAGGGGGUUGGACAACAUGCAAGCUUAUGAAGAUUAUUUUUUUUUGGGGGGGGGUUGUUUUAUGGCUGUUUUGUUGUUAGAGUCUCACACUGAGAUCCCCCCCGCCCCCAUCCUACAGCAUUUGUUGUAAUGGGACGUGCGACUGAGUCUCAAAAGUGCAUGAUGUGGAAAAGCCUCCCCCGCCCCCAAAAAAGAUCAAUCCAUCCAUAAAAAGUUAGACCACACCCUGGACUGCUUUCCAGUCAAUCACAACUUAAGUGUUCAUCAAACCCACACAAAUCAGGCGACUGAGUGGUUGCAUCAUCAGUGACCCCCCCCCAAAAUUAAAAAAUUUGAACCUACAAAUUCUCAUCAUAUAAAAUAAAAAAUGCUUGCUCGUUACUGUCCGGGAUCUCAGUGUGGGCGUUUGGCCUGCUCUGUGCUGUGCAACCUCUAGUGGAAGUUGGUCUACUGUUUGCAUGACCUGGUUAAUUCAAUAUGUUUACAUGAAUGAUGAUAACUUAGUAUACACAUGAUGAUGACUAUGAUUAUUAUUAUUUUAAAAAUUAUUAUUAUUAUUAUUACUACUCUGUUGUAUUGACAAUGAUGUACUUCUGUAAUUCUUUUGAGCUAUAUAAUGUGAAGUGAGUAACACCAAAAGUAAUGUUGACAAAGUACAAAAACACAGCACAGUAGACGUAUUGUUUGACAUUUCUCGCAAAUUCUUUUUUUUUGCGUCUAUUCAUUUGUAAAUGACUACCUGGACAAAAGUAUUGGGACACAUUACACCUACAAGAAGGGAAAAUGGAGGAAAAUAUGGAGCUGGUCCCUCUUUACAGCAUUAAUAACCCCAUUUUACACAGAGAUUCUGCAAAAUGUAACAGAAGAUUUUACUCACCUGAGACUUUUACACAGAAGUCAGCAAAAUAGUGUCUUUGGAUACAACGGACUUAAAUUACAAGUUUUUUAAAGAUAUAAACCGCCGUGCUGUUUGGUGUUUGUGAACUCAACUCACGUCACAACAAGCAGCAGUUUGGCAGAUAGUAAACAAUUUUUCAAAAAAGAAAAAAGAGGCAUCAAGUUGUUGACUGCUGUUCUCGCUUGGAGUUUACUGUCAAACGAAACAUAAAACAACUUGACUUAAAAAAAAAUAAUAAUAAUUAAAAAAAACAAACAAAAAAAAACUUUUUAUAGUUAAUGUAAAAGGGGGACAGUGUCCAUUCUUCUGGGAAGACUUACAAGAUUUCGUCAAGUUUUUUUUUUUUUUUUGGUAGGAAUUCUGGGUAACAAAAAAGUUGGAGGGCGGUGAAGUAGGACCUGAGAGGGUUUGACUAACAAUUUCCUUUGGUUGAGAUUAGCGCUCAAACGUGAUGAUAAAAGAUGAACAAUUACAUAACCGUAUGAAUACUUCUUAAGAUGUGUGCCCCCAUACUUUUGUCCUUGUCUUAUUCAUCUCAAAGUCCCCUGAUGUGUGUAGCGGUUUAAAAAAAAACAAAAAACAUAUCCUGGUUGGACAGAAGUGUCAACUGCGAAACAAAAAAGUUCAAAGGUUAAAAGGGAAAAAUCACUUGGACUGCGGUCCCAAAGCCAUACUCAUGAAGUAGAAAUGCUUGUGUGCACAUUCAUCUUUUAGUAUGUGACUGAGAAAAAGAUGGACGGAUGUGAUUCUCAGACAGAAAAGAAGACUAAGACAAGUUGGGGAUGGUGAAAUGAAUCUUUCCGUGAGCCACAUAAUCAUCAAAUUAAGCGAUUUCAUGUUUGUGUGCGUGUGUGUGUGUGUGUGUGUAUAAUUUUUGAAGCUGACCCAUGCUUCAAACAGGUUCACCAUAUUGUGCAGUAAAAAAAAGGAAAGCAAUCACUCUGUGUUUCUACAACAUGUGAAAAAUAUGCAAACCGCGCAUGAAGGGCUUCAUUCAAUGUCAAAUAGCCAUCUUUGGGCCACUUUGAUAUACAUUAUUAAUAUAUGUUGUGUAUGCUUGUUUUACCAAUCCAAACACGUCCAAAAUGCAUAAAAAGAAGCACUGUAUAUAUAAAUACAUAUACAUGUAAAUAUACACACACACAUAUAUACAUAUAUAUACACACACACACACACGCACGCACAAGUAUAUAUUGUAUAUCCUUUUUGUAAAGCUGUUUUGAGCUACAAACAUAUGGAUGCAAUGCAUCAUGGGGUAUUGAACAAGAUGUAGAAGAAUUCAAUUAUUUGUACCCACUGAGAGCAGGAAAUGGAAUAAAUCUUCCUUGUCUAUG